GAAGUUUUACUUGUAUCGAAUAUCGAUACAAUGUAAACUUAGCAUCGAUAUUUCAAAAUAUCGAAGUCUAAAAUAUCGAUAUCUCAACUCAAAAAUAUUGAUAUUAUGGAACAUCGUCGCUAUAUCAUCAUCUCUAUAAGCGCAAGUAAACAUUAGAGACGUAAACAAAGCGUGUGCAAGACUAAAGGCUCUAAAGAAAAUGAAAUUGUCCAAAUACAUUCAUUUAACGUAUUCCCAAGAGAAUUUAAUAGACUUUUUAGUUGAACAUCAUUUAUUAGUAGCUACAAUGAAUUGUGAUAACUGUAAAGAAAUUAUAGAUUUAAAUGAAGAAACACUACUAUUUGUAUGUAAAAAAAAAGCCACUACUGAAAAAGAAAGUAAUAAAAAAAGUCUAAACACAAUAUGUAAUUUUAAGAGAAGUGCCACAAAGGGAACAUGGUUUGAUAGGCUCGACACAGAUCUGCAAAUAAUAUGCAGACUCACAGCAUAUUUUGUUAUGGUGCCACGUACACGGCAAAAAUUUUUGCGUUACGAAACUGGUUUAUCAGUACCUACAAUUAAUGAGUGGAUAAAAUAUUGUAGAGAAGUAUGUGUAUACUGGGCGAAAAAGCGCAGUCAAAAGCUUGGAGGUCCAGGAAUGACUGUCGAAAUCGACGGAGCAAAAAUUGGCCGAAGAAAAGGUUGUGAUGUGACUAAAAAAAUUAAAGGUGACUGGAUAUAUGGUGGCUUCGAACGGGAAACGAGAAGAAUUUUUAUUGUACCAGUAGAAGUUGGAACAAAAGAAUCAUUGUUAAAAACGAUAAAGGAAUGGAUAAAUCCUGGAACAAGUAUCGUUACACAUUUUUGGAAAGCUUACAAUUGUCUUAACGACAAAAGCUUCAAAAGCCUGAAAAGAAAGCAUUCAUAUAAGUUCAUUGAUCCCAAAGCUGAUAAAAUAGCAGAUGACACACAUAUUCGAGAGAUUGAAUCUUGUUGGAGAGAAGUUCGAGCACAUAUGCCAAGACCUGCGUCCUAUUCUCUUCAGUGUUUCAGUGAAUAUCUUUUUAAACGCGUGAAUGAGUUAGAUGUACGUAUAGAAACAUUUUUUGAUAUUAUUGCAGAAAUGUAUCCACCAAAACGUUGAACAUUACAAACGUUACAGCAACAUCAUGAAAUAUAGAUUCCAUGUCUUAUAGAUAUUA